GGACAAGAUGAAGAACAUGCUCCUGAUCCAACAGGCAUGAUCAUCAUUGAUAAUUUUAAAUCAUUUAACAAAUAUCAACCCAACUUAUUCUGUUUUGUAACCAUUUGAAUUUGUAGAUGAUAUCAACGGCAACCAAUAUGAGGAUCUUAUCGACCUAGCACAGUCCAGUAAAUUCGUUAGCGCGAGGGAGUACUACUGUUUCAAGUUGCAAAUCCGGAAGGGACUCUUUAACAUCAUCUUGUUCGGGGGGCGCCUCUUCCAACAAUGGGCUGUUGAUAUGUACAUCAAGAUAGAAACUAUGAGGCUUGACUGGUACUCGAAGCCGAGCAAUCAAAAGACUAUACGAGCUGACCUCUACCAGGGUCUUGUUGACACCAUUGAUGCUGGCGAGGCACGUGGGGAUCGGAUUGGCAAAAGAAUUGUGCUCCCACGAAGUUUUCCAGGCGGUGACAGAGACAUGCAGAGGAGGUUCCUUGAUGCUAUGGCUAUAGUCCAACGUUGGGGUAAACCGGAUUAUUUUAUCACCAUGACUUGCAACCCGUAUUGGGAGGAAAUAACAGAGAAACUAUUGCCCGGUCAGCUGCCACAAGAUCGUCCAGAUCUGGUGGCAAGAGUUUACAAGGCUAAGCAGCGAGAUAUGAUGAAUUUGUUGACCAAGGGUAAGCAUUUUGGAGCAGUCGCAGCUUAUGUACAUGUGACUGAGUUUCAGAAAAGAGGUCUGCCGCAUGAGCAUAUCCUUCUUAUUAUGAAAUCAGAUAGCAAGUUAAAAAACCCAGAUGACUAUGAUCGGGUGAUAUCUGCCGAGAUACCGGACAAAGAGAAGUUCCCUGUUCUACAUGAUCUGGUAGUCAAACACAUGUUGCAUGGACCUUGUGGUGCGUUGAAGAAAAGUUGUCCUUGCAUGAUUGAUGGAGAAUGUCGUUUCCAUUAUCCUCGACAAUUUUGCAGCCAUACACAACAAGGAAAAGAUUCAUAUCCCAUCUACAGAAGGAGGGAAGACGGGUGUGUAGUUAAGAUCAGAGGAGCAGAAUUGGACAAUAGAUGGGUGGUCCCUUACAACCCUUUUCUUCUCAUGCGAUACAACUGCCACAUUAAUGUUGAAGCUUGCUCGAGCAUCAAGGCGGUCAAGUAUUUGUUCAAGUACAUCUACAAAGGACAUGAUAGAACAUCAUUUGCAUUCGAGAAGGAUGUCAUCAAUGCCGGGGGAAUCAUCAAUGAAAUUCGUCAGUAUAGGGAUGCACGCUAUAUAUCUCCUCCAGAGGCUAUUUAUAGGAUUUUCUGUUUUCACAUGUUUGGUGUUAGUCCGUCUGUUCUACAACUCCAACUUCAUUUGGAGAACAUGCAUACUGUUGCCUUUAAAGCAUGUGAUAAUUUGGAAGAUGUUGUUGCUAAACCAUCGUCUUCUAAAUCCAUGCUUACCGAGUACUUUGAUAUGAACCAUAAGUAUGUGGAGGCACGAAAAUGGCUUUAUAGAGAGUUUCCAGAACACUAUAGGUGGAUUGACGGAGAUAAGAAGUGGCAGAAGAGAAAAAAUAAGAGAUCACAGAUCGGACGACUGGUGUAUGCACACCCGGCAGAAGGAGAGAGGUACUACUUGCGGGUGCUCCUAAGUCAUGUGCGAGGUGCCACUUCGUUUGAUGACUUAAAAACAGUAAAUGGCAAGCUGUGUGGUUCCUUCAGAGAGGCGUGUGAGCACUUAGGCCUUAUUGAGCACGACAAGUCCAUUGAUGAUUGCAUGACGGAGGCAGCCACAUUUCAGAUGCCUUAUGCUCUUAGACGGUUGUUUGCAACUAUACUGGUAUUCUGCGAGGCAACAGAAAUCCGACAACUGUGGGACAAACAUCUAGCAUCGAUGUCUGAAGAUUACCGCCGCAAUGAAUCCAAUGAGGCAGCACUUGAGCAGAUGGUCCUUAGAGAUAUCAGGGAUCUUGUGCAAUCUAUGGGAAAGGAUAUUAAAAGCUAUGGACUUCCGGAUCUGGUUGAGACAGAUGGUUCUUCUAACGCUGAUUAUAGAGAGGUAUAUGAGGAGAGACAAGUCACCGCAGACCAAGAACAUCUUGAUCUAAUUGAAUGUUUAAAUAGUGAGCAGCUAGCUGGUUUCAAUGACAUAUUGGAUCAUGUGAGGAACCAAAAAGGCCAGAUAUUUUUUGUUGAUGGUCCAGGAGGCACUGGGAAGACGUACUUGUACAAGGCUUUGCUUGCGAAGGUGCGUGACAUGGGCCUAAUAGCAAUUGCAACUGCUACAUCAGGUAUAGCUGCGUCAAUAAUGCCUGGAGGCCGAACUGCACACUCCAGGUUUAAAAUUCCAAUCAAGCUCACUGACUACAGCAUGUGUGGUUUCACAAAGUAGAGUGGUACAGCGGAGUUGCUUAAACAAGCGUCCUUGAUAAUUUGGGACGAAGUCGCUAUGACAAAGCGUCAAGCAGUUGAGACGCUUGAUAGAUCACUCCAGGACAUAAUGGGAUGUCCUUUGCCAUUUGGGGGGAAGGUUGUUGUCUUUGGUGGAGAUUUUAGGCAGGUCCUUCCCGUUGUGACAAGAGGGACAAGAGCACAGAUCACCGAUGCAACACUGCUUAAAUCCUAUCUGUGGGAUAAGAUCCGCAAGAUUCGCCUCACACUCAAUAUGCGUGCACAAACUGACCCUUGGUUCUCCGAAUACCUCCUAAGGAUCGGCAAUGGAACAGAAGAUACAAUUGGCGACGACUAUGUGCGUCUCCCAGAUGACAUUGUGAUCGGCUAUACCGAGGAUGGGAAAGCAAUUAACAAACUCAUCGAAGAUGUCUUCCCAUCACUGCACGCCAAUGCUACCUCAAGGGAGUACAUGAGCACACGUGCAAUUCUUUCAACCAAGAAUGAGCAUGUGGAUGACCUCAAUGACAAAAUGAUCUCUAGGUUUCCAGGCGAGGAAAAGGUAUACCAUAGCUUCGACUCAAUCGAGGAUGACUUGCAGAA